AGGGGGAGGAGGUAACUCCCAGUUCGCUUGGCCUGGGAGAGUUGCAGUUCCUUUGGCAGAAGUGCCAGAGAAGCAGGACUUGAGGUAGCCGCAGAGUUGCUCUUUCUCUCUCCCUCUCUCCAUUCAGCAACUAUUCUAAAACUGCAGGAUCUAGCAUCAAAAAGAGAAACCAGCAACCUUUCACCAGGGGGAACAACAAGAGCUGUGUGACAGAGCCUUGCCGGUUCAUUCGUUUUAAUUUUAUUUGCUUUGGACUUCCACUGGAACGAGAUUCCGUCGGCACUUGCUGAACCCUGGGGUUAACAUUAUGCAUUCUCUGUUCAAGAAGAGAAACAAAGGGAAGUACAGCCCGACAGUGCAGAAGAAAAGCAUAUCCAGCAAGGAGUUGUCUGAGCUGAUUGAGAAGUUGCAGAAAAAUGCUGACCAGGUGGAAAAGAACAUUGUGGAAGCAGACUCUAAGAUGCAAAACGACCUGCACAAGCUUAAGGCCGGUCAACCUGCUGAGUACCAAGACCUCACGGCAGAUAAGCUAAUAGAAUCCGAUAAGCUCCUCUAUGUCCUGGAUGGGGAUGCUGCCAUCGCUCGCCACAUGAAACACCCACAGGGGGAUAUGAUCACAGAAGACAUCCGGCAACUAAAGGAGAGAGUGGGCAACUUGCGUGUGAAACAUGAUCAGAUCUACAACUUCACCCCACAGGAAAUUGAACCUCAAGUCAACUGGACCAUGGUGAUUGAAGAGAAGCAGGAAAUAUUGAACAGCAAGGGCUUCGGCACUGACUUGCCAUCAGUCAACGGUCAGGUGGAGGAGCACAACAUCUUCCAUAAUGAAGUGAUGGCUAUAGGACCGCACAUCAGCAAGGAAGGUGACAAGGAAUAUAUGAGUGGGCUCCAGGUGAAAUAUCAGAAACUGCUGUCAGGAUCCCAACAGAGGCAGCAGGAUUUGAACUCGCUCCAGGAUUACAUGCAGCGCUGCACCAACAAGCUCUACUGGCUAGAUCAGCAGGCUAAAGACAGGAUGCAGUUUGACUGGAGCGACCGUAACCUCGACUACCCAAGCCGCCGGCGCCAGUACGAGAAUUUCAUCAACCGGAAUUUGGAAGAAAAAGAGGGAGCGAUCAACAAGCUGCAUGAGGACGGCAAUAAGCUACUGGCCCAAAGUCACCCUGGGAAGAUCCCCAUUGAGGCUCACAUUGAGGCAGUCCACGCUGACUGGAAGGAGUACCUCAACUUGCUUAUCUGUGAGGAGAGCCACCUCAAGUUCAUGGAGGACUAUCACCAGUUCCAAAAAGAUGCUAAGGAUGCCCAGGACCUUCUCAGGAAAGUGGACACAGACCUGGACCAGAAAUACAGCCCGGAUUUCAAGGAUCGAUACCAGAUUGAAUCUUUGCUGAGGGAGCUGGAGGACCAGGAGAAGGCCUUGGACAAGUAUGACGAUGUGGUGAAGUCCCUGCAGAAGCGCAGCCAGCAGGUGCUCCCUCUGAAGUUCCGCCGGGAGACCCCGCUUAAGCCCAUCCCGGUGGAAGCGCUUUGUGACUACGAAAGUGAGCGGUGCCAGAUCUCUCGUGGAGCCAGAUACACCCUGCACAAGAACAGUGGUGACAUCUGGGAAGUUACCGACAGCGCAGGAAAUGCAAUCAGUGCCCCUGGCGUCUGCUUCAUGAUCCCCCCGACAGAUCCUGAAUCGCUGGCUCACGCUGACAACAUCACCGGUCAGUAUCAGAGCGUGAAACAGAAGAUAGCUGGCACCAAGGGCCUUCUGCAGCAGCGAUAUGAUGGGCUGAAGGCAGACAGCAUUGGAGAUGCAGCAUCAGUCCAGGGGCGACAGCUGCUGGCGGGGCUGGAGAAAGUGAACAGUGAGUUGGAUAAGCAAGAGAAGGCCAUCACGGCAAACCUGCGGCCGCCGCUAGAGCAAAGCCGGGCAGUGCAGGACAGCGCAGAGCGAUCCAAGGAUCUUAAGAACAUCACCAAUGAGGUCCGGCGUAUUGAACCCGAGAAAGCACGCAGGAUCCAGGAGUGUGAAACCUUCAUAGAGUCCGUGCCAGACACAGGAAGUGCCUCCCUGCUAAAGAACAAGGCAGAAGAGACAAACAACAAAUACAACCAUGUCAUCCAGCUGCUUGGCGCCGCUCAGGAGAAAGUGGAUGUUGCCAAUCGCCUUGAGAAGAGUCUGCAGCAAGGGAGGGACCUGAUUUCUGGCUAUGAGAACAAGUUGGCCAUUGAAGACACUAUUCCAGAGGACACAGGUGCCCUGGAGCGCAAGAGAGAGGAGCUGCUGGCACUGGGUUCUGAAUUGCAGGCCCACCAGCCUUUGCUGAGCGUGGCAGAGCAGGAUCUGCAGAAAGCCAAGAAGUGCUCCAAUGCCCUGGCCAGCCAGUUCCAAGAGCACUGCCCGGACAUCGAGCGCCAGGAAGCUGAACUCCAUAAGCUCAACCAGCGGUUCGGCAACCUCAACAAGCAAAUAGAUCACAGAUCUCAGAUGUUGCAGAAAGCAAAAUUGUCCUACUCCAACUAUCGCAGUGGCUACAACAACCUGAACCAGUUCCUUUGUAACGUGCCCAACUAUGAGCCUCAAGAAACCGACAAUGUCACUCAAGUAGAAACCAAGCUGAAGAACCAACAGGCCCUGCUGGGGGAAAUUGCCAGCAAAGAGCAAGAUGUUCAGAAAGUUUCCGCCGAGGCUCAACAGUAUCAGCAAGCAGUGAAGGACUACGAACUUGAAGCAGAGAAGCUGAGAUCCAUCCUUGACCUGGAAAAUGGUCGCAAUGGCUUCAUGAGUAAGAGACCCAGAAUCCAGUCUCCAGCCGCUAAAGUGAAAGAAGAGGAAGCUCUCCUGGCUGCAAAGUUCACGGAGGUGAAUGCUGUCAAUAAGCAGAGGCUGCAGAACCUGGAGUUUGCCCAGAAUCUCUUGAGACAACAGCCAGAGGUCCAAGUGAUGCAGGAGUCUGCUCAGACCAACACGUUUGAGAGGCCGCUUGAGGAAGUCUGGAAGUUAAGGAAGGAGCUGGACGAUGAGAGCCAGCGCCGACAGCAGCUGGAGGCAGAGAUCAAGGUCAUCCAGGAAAACAUCCUCCUCCUGCAGAACCAGAAGCCACAGGAGACCGUGGUCAAGAAGGAAGUGUUGAAGAAAGUGCCUGACCCAGCACUCGAUGAGAGUUUUCACAAGAUGCAGCAGAACCUGGCAGAAGAACAACGCAAGAACCAAAACUUGCACGACGAACUGGAGGUCCUGAAACUCAAGCUGCGAACCCUGGAGCAUGAGAGGAGGGAAGGUGGGCAGGAGUAUGUGGUCAAGGAAGUCCUCCGUAUUGAGCCGGAUAAGGCACAGGCAGAGGAAAUCCUAAAGUUGAAAGAAGAGCUGGAGGAUCUCAAGAGGCAGGAAGGGAACCGUCAGAAUGAGAUGGCUCUCCUGCGCCACCAGGUGGAUGCUCUUUCCAAUGAGAAGAACAAGGAGCAGGAGAAAGUGAUGGAAAAAGAAGUAGUGAAGUUGCAGAACGACCCCCAGCUGGAGACAGAGUAUCAGCUGCUGCAGGAGAACAAACACAGGGAGAGUACACUGCGGAAGCAGCAAGAGGAAGAGCUUCGCUUCUUGCAAGACAAGCUGAAGCGGCUGGAGAAAGAGCGGGCGAUGGCUGAGGGCAAGAUCACUGUCAAGGAGGUGCUGAAAGUGGAGAAGGACCUAGCAACAGAAAGGGAAGUGAGCGAGCUGCGACGGCAGUAUGAAGACGAGAAGGCCAAAGGCCGCUCCAAUGAGAGGGAGAAAGCAGAGCUACUCAGGCAAAUCCAGGCUCUGGAAGAGGAGAAUGCCAAAGUGAUUGUCCAGGAGAAAGUCCGGGAGAUUGUCCGUCCAGACCCCAAGGCUGAAAACGAAGUGGCUAACCUUCGCCUAGAACUGGUGGAGCAGGAAAGGAGAUACCGGGGUGGGGAAGAGCAGCUGAAAACUUGUCAGAAUGAGCUGGCUGCCCUGAAGAAAAGAGGGCCCCAGGUGGAAGUGCAAGAGGUUAUCAAGGAAGUUAUAAAAUACAAGGCUGACCCAGAGACUGAGAUGGAGCUUCAGUCUCUCAGGGACGAGAUUGUGGACCGGACCAGAGCAAUUGAGAGGGCGGAUCUUGAGAUCUAUCAGCUGAAGCAAGAAAUUCAGACCCUGAAAGAUGCCAAGCCUCAAGUCCAGACAAAGGAAGUGGUGCAGGAGGUGCUGCAGUACCGGGAAGACCCCCAAACAAGAGAAGAAGUGGAGUCCCUGAGAGCUCAGCUGGCUGAAGAGCAGAAGAAGCACCUGGACCUGGAAAGGGAGAGGAAGUUGCAGGAUGAGAAGAUCAGACAGAAGGAGGAGGAACUCUCUCAGGUGAGGGAGAAGGUGGUGCAGCAGGAAGUGGUAAAACUGGAGCAGGACCCUGCUUUGAAAGCAGAGGUCAGCUCCUUCUCACAGAGCAUAGAGAAUGAGCUGCAGCAGAUUGACUCACUCCGAAACGAAAUGCGCAAGCUGCAGCGGAGGAGGUCGGAGCUGGAGCGCCAGCUGGAUGAGCUGGAGAGAGAGAGGCAGGCACGGCGGGAGGCAGAGCUGGAGGUGCAGAGGCUGAAGAUCAGGCUGAGCGAGCUGGAGGAGCAGGUGAAGGAGACAACAGAGAGAGUCACCGUGAAACAGAAAGUGAUCCUCCAACAAGAUCCGCAGCAGGAGAAAGAGCAUGCUCUGCUUAAGCUGGAACUGGAGGAAGAAAAACAUAGGAGGCAAGUCCUGCAGGCCGAGUUGGAAGCCCUGCAGAAGAAACUGCAGGCACUGGAAAAGAUGGAAGUCAAGGAGAAAGUAGUCUUCUCCGAGAGCAUCCAAGUGGAGAAAGGAGACACUGAAUACGAGAUUCAGAAGCUGAAGAACAACCUGGAGGAGGAAAGCCGGCGGAAGAUGGAACUAGACACGGACAUCAACAGGCUAGAGGCCAAGUUGUCAGAAGUGGAAUUCAACAACUCCAAGUCUUCCAAGGAGCUGGACUUUUUGAGGGAGGAAAACCACAAGCUGCAUCUGGAAAAGCAGAACCUUCUGUUGGAGAUGCGGAGGUUGCAAUCGGAGAUUGAACUCACAGUAACAGAAACCCGGGAUUUAAGAAACAUGUCACAGGUGGACAGCGGCAUGAACCUAGACUCCCGGUUCCAGGCUUUGGAGAGAGAGCUGGAUGAUCUGAAGAGGUUAUCUCAAGACAAAGACAACGAGAUUGAACAGCUUCAAAACCGUCUUCAGACAGUAGCUAUCAAGAGAGAGCAGAGAGAAAAUCACUUGAGACGUUCCAUUGUGGUCAUUGAUCCAGACACCGGGAAAGAGAUGUCACCAGAAGAAGCCCACAGGUUCGGGCUUAUUGAGUGGAGCUUGUAUGUCAAAUUGAAGAGCCAAGAAUGCGACUGGGAAGAGAUCACAAUGAAAGGGCCAAGUGGCGAAUCUUCAGUAAUCCUUGACAGGAAGUCAGGGAAGAAGUUCUCAAUUGAAGAUGCCUUGAAGAAUGGAAGGUUAACCAUGGCUCAGUACGACAGUUACCUCAACAAGGAGUUGUCCAUCCAGGAGCUGGCUGUCUUGGUGUCUGGACAGAAAUAGCUGCUUCAAGAGAGAUAUUUUUUUUUUAAAAAAAAGAACUAUUCUUAAGCAGCUGGUCUAGAGCUGUACCGAAUGUUACAAACUUGGACUUCUACUACCUGCUGCUUCCAAUAGGUGUAUAUUCCCCAAACCUAGUGCCUGCUCUCCAACGUUAGGGUGCUUUUAAGCUGCACUUACUUGCUUUUAUCAAAAAUAUUUAUGACUUGCCACCCCAGCCAAUGCUCCAAUUUGCCAAAGUUGCAUGUUACUUUUGCCCCCGCCAGUCAGUGGCAAACCCCUCUGUGCACUGGGGUGGCAGGGAGUGGGUAGAAAUCAAAUGAUUACCCAAUGCUAUUUUUGAAUGAGAGCUCUCCAGCUUGGCUUUCCAAGCUCAUGUGGUCUCUACCAACACAUUCCCUUAGUGAAGUAGUUAAGAGUGAUAGCUGAACACUUGUGAAAUCCCAUCUGAAUCUCAACUUAAUCUUGAACUCAUUUGGUGAGCCAUUUCCCCCCUAAGCCCCUUCACCCAGGAGUAGCAAAUCUAGUGCACUUCAGAUGUUGUUGAACUCCCAACUCCCUACCAGCAUGGCCAAUGGCCAGCGAUAAUGGGAGCUGUAGUUCAACAACUUCAGGAAGGCAUCAACAUUGACUAACCCUCAUCUCUGCAAUGUGUGGAGAAACACUAGCAUUAUCUUACAGGGCUGUUGUAAGGACAGCUGAGUUUAUGUGAAACUCUCUGAGCACUCUAAAGUGCUAUAUGCAUAUAUUGUUACCGCAGGAACUGGUUUUUACUCCUGGAUGUUAUUUAAAGACAAUACUAAUAAAGCCAAAGGAAGAAUAAACUCACCAGUGGAGACCCAGUAACCAGCUACUGCGAAGAAUAGCAGUCUAAAGGCAGAUGCUGUUCAAUGCUAUGCUGUGAUCAUUGAAUACGUUUGUAGAAGCUCCAGCAUAAGAUGACACUUAAGCACAGUGCAACUCCUUUCUACAUAAUAAACUGUCAGACUCUAGUACAUAGUCUAAGAUAGUGAUUAUGAUUGUGUAACUGAGUAAACGAUAUGUGUGUGUAUGUUUAGAGCGACCUGCUUAUCUUUCAAGUCAUACUUGUGUAGGGAAGCUCCAGUCCUUAAAAAGGAAAGGAGGUUAAAUAGAGGAUGCUGCAGUUAACAAUCCCCAAAAGUGCCUCUCAUUCCAUUGUCACGGUUAGAAUGGAACACUGGGUACUUAUGAUAUUUGUGCUGGUGUUUGCUUAGUUGUUAUUUGACUGUAUGAAUUCUCAAAGUAUGCAUUGUAGAAGGGAAUGGGAAAUUUUAUUUAUGCACCCAAAUAAAUGAAAAAAUACUCUGCAGCAAUCUAACCUGAUGAUUUCCUCCCAUUUAAUAUUUGCCAUUUCAUUUGUUCACAUAAAAGAUACGAUAUGCAGGGCGUCUCACUACAUCUGGUAUGUACACCACUGCUUGUAAAAGGACAUAUAAAGUGGAGAACGUUGGCAUUUUCACAGUUUGUAUAGACAGGCUGUGUUACACAAAUCCAAGCAGGUGCAGAAAAAGGAUGGAGACUGUCAUCUCAGCUGCUAGUUUUUCUGAGGUCAUGGGCCUAGUGCAAUCUCCAGGCUCAGUAAAACUGCCAGGAUCCAAGGGCCUGACUAGCUCACAGUCCCUCUACCUGACAACAGAAACAAAAUAAAUUGUGCACAAUGUACACAGGCUGCAGAAUUUAAAAUAAUUCAAUACAAGCAGCCCCACACAUAAAUACCAAGACGACUGGCAGUAUGGUUUGGGGACGAGAGACAGGAUUUUCUUAAGCCUUCGGAAAGCUUAAAAAACAAAACAGCCAUGCUGCAUUCCCAACACAGCUCAAAGGAAGCAGUCUUGUAACAGGUCAAACUAUUUGCUCAUCUACUCUAACUGGCAGAGUCUCAGGUAUUGGAACACGAGAAGCUGUCUUAUGCUGAGACAGACUACUGGACCUAUCUGUCUCAGGAUUAUUGGUACUUACUAGCAGCAGAUUUUCAGGGUUCCAGACAAGAGUCUUUUCCCCACCCUGCUUGGAGAUGCCAAGAAUUGACCCACAGACUUUCUGCAGGCAAAGUGGCUGCUCUGCCACUGAGUUAUGGUCACCUCUUUGCCUUUUCUUUGAAAAUAAAGAGAAUGAAAACAGCAAUUUGGAAACUGGAAAACAAUUUUAUUCAGCUGCUGUAUACAAGAUUAGCCAUUUUAAACGUCUCCUCCAUCUUCCUCAUUAGCUAGAAAGGCCCCUGCCCCCACCCACCCACCCACAACACACACAAAAAUAAAUUGCAGCUCUUCCCACACUCAAAGAAGCUGCUUUUCUAAGUUUUUAAGUGCCAUCUGGUGGUGCACAUGCCCACCAUAAACAAAAAUCUCCCAAAAGGGUCAAAGCCAAGGCAGAGAGAGAGAGAGAGAGACCCCAGUGCUCUUGUUCUUGUUCCAACCAAACGCUGAUAGACCCUGCCCUGCCAUGGCUCUGUUUAAGUUCUCUCACUGUUCAAUGCAAAAGAAAAGGCGGGGAAGGAGGAGGGGGAAGAAAUAACAUUUCCCUGAGGCAAGAGGCUUCAUGAGAUUUCUUUCUAAAACAAGAAGUUUCUGCUCCAGCCACUGCAAAUGCACAGGUAGCUUUUGACAACAGAAGCUUUCAAGGGAGAGCAACAAGAGGGGAAUUGCAAGUAGCUCAAGAAGGCCUCAAUCCUGUCGAAAUGAUAAAAUAGUUCUCACAAGAGGUAAUUAGCACCCAGCAGGAUUGAGGCCUGACCAGAAAAAAGCAAAAACAAAAAACAAGCCCAUCUGUUACAAACUUCUGUGCUUCAAAACUGGCAAUCUUAACAUUUGGUCUUUGGCUCUUUUACUACAACCUAGAGUUUUUAUUAUUCUUACUUUCUCAUGGAAAUAAUGGAUAUAUUUUCAUAAAUAAGCUUGACAUAAUCCAAUUCAUUUUGUUGGGGAGAUGUACAAAUUAAUUAGGGUUUAUGUCCAUAUUUACUUGGACUUCAAAACAGGCAUGUUGAAGGAAUGAAGUUGGCUCCAAAUUUGGUCAUAAUCCAAGCAGAACUCAUUGUGAUUUAUUUUCUUUCUCUUUUUUUAAAAACAACGGGGCUCACACCACUUAGAGGAUCAAGAGCUUUCUGAUACCAAGGAAGAACCAUCCAAUGUAGGGCUCUGAAGGGAAGGGAGUACCCUGAGGAGCCAUGUGGUUUAUUAUGAACAGUUUUUGUUUGCAAGCCACUGGACCGAACCUGGUCUAUGGCCUUCCAGGAACAGAAGAGGCUGCUUGUUCCAGCAAGCCUCUUUUCACAGGGAUUGCCAUAUGUGCCCCUCUUUGUGGCAAUGUGUUUCAUAACCUCUUUUCUCCCCAGGGCAAGCAGCAUACUGGGACAAAAAGGUCAAGUGAAGAGGGGGAAGGUUUAGUUAGUCCUUCAGCCCCCACCCCUUCCUGGUUCUCUUACACAAAUUACCCACUGACCAACUGAGCUGUCAGUCACCUCCUCAAAGCAAGGUAUUUAUGACAGCUCUGAUGCACAACCACUUUCACUUUCCAGCAAAGAGCACUGGUGGGGUUGGCGCUGGCCCUGAUGAGCAUACACUACUCCCCAGACCUCCACAAAAGAGCUUAGCCACCAAGAUUCUUAGCAAAGCCUGAGCAAGCUCUUAAAUGAAGAGGGUCAAGCCCAAUUUCCAGUGAUUGCACAGGAAAGGUUCUCAGAGGGAACUGCCCUGUCACCAGAAUACAAUGGUUCCAUUAUCAUGCUGGUGCUAGAACAGCAUCUCCAAAUAGAUAAUGGUCCGCAACCCAGUAGUCCUACAGAGGGCCAGCUCCACACACCCAUGUCUCUGUGCACUGGUAUGCAGAACUCUUUCCUCCAGUAGAGCAAAAGUAGAGCUCUAGAUCUCGUCUUGCUUACAGAACACCUGCUGAAAUCUGAGCCCGGGGAAAACAGCUUUAGGGCAGGGAUGGUGUAUCUGUGGCCCUCCCACUCCCAUCAGCCCCAACCAGGAUAGCCAAUGGUCAUGAACGAUGGGUUUGCAGUCCAUCAUCUUCAGGUAGACUACAGGUUCCCCAUCCCUGCUUUUGGGGAAACUCAGGUCCACAUACUCCACACCUACUGAUCAAUAUCUAUUUUGUACUCUGCUUGGCACUAGGCAACUCCACAAGGUCAAGUCCAGAAAGUAGUGUAUAACUCCAGGAAAAAAAGCUCUUAUCAAAUAAAGCCCAACACGUCUUAAAUACAGCUAAGAAUUUUUGAGGGGGG